AUGCCACCGGGUCCUGAUGCCACCGCAUCCGGUCCGAGGUCACCGCUGGAGCCAUCAACCCUGGGGACAAGGGACAGGGUGACACUGGGGUCACCCACAUGUCCCCAACCCUGUCCCUGUGUCUCCUCUGUGUCCCCAUGUCCCUGUCCCACAUCCCCAUCCCUGUCCCCGUGUCCCUGUCCCUAUAUCCCCCUCCCUGUCCCUGUGUCCCCUCCCUAUCCCCGUGUCCCUUCCUUGUCCCCAUGUCCCAGUCCCCUCCCUGUCCCCAUGUCACCCUCCCUGUCCCCAU